CAGCAGAACACCCCAUCUACAGCAGUUCUGCUUCCAUUCCGAUAGACAAACGCAUAUCAACUCUAUCGAUCUCAUCCAAACAAAACGAUAAUGCGGACUACGCCAUAAAUAGAUUUUCUCAGAAAUACGACUCGUAUCAGGAUUUCCUUUACAGCAACAACCAACGUCGCAGAAGACUGUCCUCCACUGGCGAAGGCAGUGGCGACUCGAGCACAACCGCUUCGGGGAGCAGUUACGGAGAAAGAGAAGAAGGAAGCGAGGGUAGAGCAGAAAGCGACGAAGUUGAUAGAGAGGAAGAGGAAAAAGAACAACCACUUGGCGGAUUGAUUUCCGAAAUCGAGAGGCAACAAGUCGAAACGUUUUUCAAAGGAUUGAAAACACAAAUAUACGUCAGCGGAUCCUUGGCGAAUUUAUACACAAAAACGCCAUCCGAACAAGACUGGCAACUGAAAUACACGGGAAUCCCUGUCGUUAUAUUGGACGUGGGAGAAUCUCGGGCGAGAGACAAGAGAAAGAUACAGAUUGCACUUUCAGAAAGAGGAACAUGCUUCAUGCUGUGGAGCGACACGAUCGACAACCUGUCGUCGUACAAAGUGGACGGCCCCUCGUUUCACACGAUGCGCUACUCCUCAGACCACACGCUGCAAGUGGGAUUCAGCUUUGACAACGCGCCGCAUGCCCACGAAAUGUGGACCCACAUUGAACGGCUGGUGGCGUGUCCCGAAAAUAUAUCGCUGUCCACGCCAGGUAAAAAGAAGAAGAAGGAAAAGAAACCCCCCAAACCAGCGCGAUUCUCACUUUNAAACUUCAAGUAG